AUGGCUAUUAACUCGCUUGUAGCGGAGGAAGGGGAGCUCGCACCCUCAAUUAGGAGACGUGUAGCCAGUCAACAAGGCCCCGAGCCAAUGUUGGGGGAGGUGACGCUGCCCGCCAUGCUGCUGUCUAUGCUCUACUUCCUCGUGUUCAAGUGGAUCCUCAACCUCGUGUUCAGUAUCGUGCCGCUGGUCACGUGGGUGGUGAGUGUUGCCCAAGUGUUGCCCAAGGACGCGGGGCUGUCGGACAUGAGUCUCGUGGUGUCGGGCACUACAGCGACUCAGGUGCUGACGGCGCUGGCGUUCGCCUUCCUGGCCCAUCAGAUCGGAGUCACGUCGGCUCGAGGACUGCUGUUCGUGUCGAAGAUCGUGUCGGGUGUGUUGUUCUCAAGUGGUGAGAGGGAGGAGGCGAGAGAGCAGGAAGGACCAUAUCGUGAGCCAUUAGGAGAUGCAAGACGAGGACAGGAGAGACACAUUAUAUCGAAGGGAGGAAAAGAUUAUGGAACUAUGGGGGUGAAGCAGCAGAAGCCGUCGGCGGAAGCGGUGGCCCGGAAUUUGUACCGCGAUGGACGGAGUAAUAGUGAGUCGAGUGUUGCGCGGAGCAGAGUGGGGAGGUGGGAGAUGAAGAAGCAACCAGCGAGUUUUGAUGGAGCGGAGUACCCCUACGUGCCGCCGAGGAUGGCGCCUCCGAUGCCUCCGAUGCCUGAUGUGGAGCGUGCGUUUCGAAAUGAUGUUGAUACUCGAGAUCAAGGCCGGGAAGUGGAGAUGGGCUGCUGCAAGGUUGUUAUCAGGGGUUCUAAAGGCAAGUCCGACAGGGGAGAAGACCGUGAUGAGAGUAAUAGUGGGCUUCGUGGGGGUUGGGGACGUGGAGGAGGGAGGGGAAGCAGUUCUGAUCGAGGAGGAUUUGGAUGGUGUCGAGGUGGUGGACGAGGUGGCCCGCGUCUCGACCAAAUGCGGCCCGAUAUGCGCGGACCACCACCAUUUCCGUCGUUCAAUGGAGCGUUCCCACCUUGGGGUGCUGAUUGGCGCGAGCGUUGGCUUCAGAAUUGGCCUGGAUGGCAAGAUUGGCGCUGGCCUGGCAUGGACCUGAGGAGGAAAAUGUCUCGAGGUAAAGGCAGAAGGGGAAUGCGUCGUCGAAACAGCUUUGAUGAUGUGUACGCUGUUGCCGUCCCUGUUGCAGCGAGAGUCGGGGAUGAUGAAGAUGAUACUCUCGUGAAGGAGCCAGCGCACAAAAGUAUGUAUGAGGCGCUCGAUUUGACUCCGUCCGCACCACCUCUUCCUUCUCAACGCCCGCGCUGGGGCAGUGACGAUGGACAAUGGGAACGAUCAACCUUGCUCGACGAAGGAAGUCAUGGCCAUCACCGUCAUGAUUCAUUCCAGAAAAGCAUGUCCGAACCGCCUGGUCAGCAUUCUCGACAGGAUUCUUGGCGUGGAGGUUUAACUCGAAGCGACUCAGACUCCAGCUAUACGACCCGCGAUUUGAUACGUGAUCGGCAGAAUGCUCAUCGCCGCUUAACUGAAAUGCGCGAUAGAGAAGAAGCACAACAACACAUUUAUCGCGAUGGCGAGAAAGAGGUAAAGGGACCAAAAUCCGGUGGGUUCCGUCAAAAGCAUGCCGAGUGGAAGCAGAGACGCUAUGAAAGGAAAAUGCAAAAGUAUGAGCUGAAACUCCGCGCUGCACGCGAAAAGAUGAGCGAACGCCAAGAAGAUACCAAUGAUCUCAUGGAAAGGUAUAUUGAAGCUAAAGAACGUGACAGAUACGCACGAGAAAUUGAGCAAGCGGCUGACGAAGCAUUUCAUGUGCCGGAGACUAGGCAGGAUUCGGCUCGGAGGCGCUUGUCCUCAUCGGAAGACGCAGAAGGAAGUGCUUCUCGUCAUACGAUAACUCCGACUCCAGCUCCAAUGGCUUCUCCAGUACCUGUGGUUCCUACAAUGGCUCCUGCUGCACCUGCUCAAGCAAGGCGUGCGCCUCUGACGCAACCCAGUGGAGAUCCGCGGAAACGGGCGUUGUCGUCUCGUGCUCGGGGCCGACCAAGCACUCUGUCCGACCACCAAGUUCGGUCUACAAGCGAUGUUUCUGACCGUCCAGACAGGAUCGCAGACGAUGAACGAGAGGAUAAACGACCCGUGAGUAUUGCGCCGGUGUCCCAAGCCGCCUCUGCCCACGACAUUAGCGAUAUGGAGAUUCGAGGAUACGGAAAUAUUACGCGUUCCUAUGAAGAAGACGACGUGACCAACAUGCGAGCAUACGCGCCGCUCAGCUACACAGGCAGCCCCCCGCAGUACAUUACCGCGCUGGAUCCAAGUCCAAUUUAUCGAGGUCCAUCGGAACAGCCCGACUACGACAGCUUUUCGCCGGUUGGCUCGCCUAGAAGCGGCAUUGGGCGCGAGUCGUUUGGGGACAUUGAUCACGACUACGACGUCUUAUCCCCUACAAACAGCAUCCAUGAUGCGGAAUUCCCAACGGACAAGUUCGAGCACGUGUACCGUUCGAUUCAGAUGGCCGCUGUUCCCCCGCCUCGCAGCUCUGCCUCGAUACUAGCAGCGGAAGAAGGUGGUUUGGAUGCGAAGUCCGAGUUUAAAGGAGUGCCUGGCCAUCGAGACCGCGUAAACUUCAGUGCUUUUGCACCACCGAGCAUCUGCCCUUCUCCAAAACCGUUCCAGUUCACGGUUUGGGCAUUUCUAUUGAACCAGCGCGCUGAAAUGCAAGAGAUAGCCCGGAGUGACCGCCCUGAAUCCCGGAAGCUCUCGCUUGAAACGAAGCUGGAUGUUCGUCGUGGUGCACUGGUGCACGUGACCUUGGAAGUGCCGAAUGGUUUCCAGGUAUUGAACGGUGCCACUCAAGGUUUCGCAUGGGAAGGAGAGAUCUCCAACGUCGAUUAUGACGUCGUGUGUACGGAAGGUGCAGCUUUUGGGCGCGUGUUGUUCAAGGCUCGCAUCACGGUCGGAUCUUCCGUCGCUGUGUUGAACUCGUUUGUGUUGGUGGGUUCCCGCGCAAUGGACCCGAGCGAGUUGGAAGCUAAUGUUCUCGAGGGCUGGAUGGAUGUGAUGGAGCAGACGUAUCGCGAAAUCCCGUUCCGGUCUCUGGAGAUGAAGGAGCUGGUCGGUCAAGGAUACUUUGGCGACGCGUACCGCGCAUCACUGGAUGGUCAGGAUGUGGUUGUGAAAACGAUUCGAGCUAGCGAGUUUGGUGAGACGACCUCCCAGAUCGUGCGCGAAUUCCAGCACGAGGCCGCGAUGCUGAAUAUGUUUGGUCAUCACCCGUGCAUUGUUCCCUUUGUGGGAGCAUCAACAGAUACGAAGUUCCCGCUGGCAUUAGUGACGAAGUAUCUUCCGUACGGCAGCCUGGAAGAUAAUCUGCGUGGAUCGGACAAGUCUAAGCUGACCAUUGACGAACGUACUGGGAUGCUCAAGGACGCUGCUGCUGGACUGCUCAAUAUCCACGAAGGUGGCUUCAUCCACCGCGACCUCGCUGCGCGCAACUGCCUCGUGGAUCAAGGCAAGCACGUUCGAAUCUGCGACUUCGGUCUUUGUCGCCGCGUGAAGUCUGAAACUGCUGGAAUGCUCAUGAAGGACGCUGUGGGCCCUGUGAAGUACAUGGCGCCGGAGUCGUUGCAGCCACCGCACGCAUUCUCGUACGACUCGGACGUGUACAUGUUUGGUGUAUUGAUGUGGGAAACCUACACGAGCUCUGCUCCGUAUGCAGCUCUGACCCCUGUCGAGGCCAUGAUGCACGUCCUGCGUGGUGAGCGUCUCCCAGUGCCGAAGGAGCUUCCAACCUCCUUGCAGACGCUGAUGCAGAACUGCUUUCACGACUCCCCCGCCGAGCGUCCGUCCAUGCAGGAAGUGCUCAUGGCGUUGGAUGACUCGUUGACUUCGAGCCAACGGGCUUCAGUUGCUAUUGCUGCAAAUACUGCUGUUGCGACCGCCACAGCAACUGCUGCUACGUCUACUGCGAUGGCCAAUUCGGUUGGAACUUUACGCAAGCAGCAAGAUCGAUCAAUUUGGGUGUAA